ACCCUUGUUCAGCCCUCGAAGUGCGGAGCAGAUGGAAAGAGUGUUGAUGAAAGAAAGAGAGAGAUAGAGAGUCAGGGUGAAACCAUGCCGUAUCUGAGGAAGCCUAGUGAGCGUAGUGACCGAGCCUGACGACCUGAUCACCCCAGACAACCAGGAAAGAGCAGUCUGGUCAACCUCAAGACCCGGACAUACACACUUCCAACAGGAGAAAGAGAAAUAAACAGAGAGAGAGAGUGAGAGAGAGAGAGAGCGAGACAGAGAUAGAGAGCGCUAAAGAGAGAGAGAGGAGAACGCCAGAUGUGUGAGAGAGAGCAGAGAGAAGGAGAUGCUCAGAGAGAGCGGACAGUGACCAGAAAGGAGACCAGAGGAAGAAAGAGAAACGAAAGAGACCACUGAGAGAGUGCCUGGGGUAGUGCUGAAAUCUGGAUUGUCUGUAAAGGGGUGUUUGACUUUUGGUUCUGUGGCUCUGAGAGACAACAGGAGCUCUGAGAAACAGUUUGGGGGAGUUCUGUGUUUCACUCUGCCAACAGUAUUACCUGUGUGUGGAAGCGAGACUGCUUCAGGUGUUCUGAAGAGGACAAAAUAGUAGCCAAAGAAAAGGAGGACAGAAAGAGGACAGAUAAAUAAAAAGGAAAGAAAGCUAUACAUUUAGAAGGAAAGAACAAGAAGUAACCAGAGAGUAAGAGAGAAAAACAAAGCUAGAGACAGUCUAUAACAGAUAGACAUAAAGACAGGAUGGCAAACUCUGGAUUCCAGUUACUGGGUUACUUCCUGGCAUUGGGUGGUUGGAUAGGCAUCAUCUCCACCACGGCUCUGCCCCAGUGGAAGCAGUCUUCGUACGCGGGCGACGCCAUCAUCACGGCGGUGGGGCUCUAUGAGGGCCUGUGGAUGAGCUGUGCCUCCCAGAGUACAGGACAGGUGCAGUGCAAGGUGUUUGACUCCAUGCUGUCACUGGACGUUCACAUCCAGACGUGUCGUGCUCUUAUGGUGGUGUCCGUGCUGCUGGGCUUCAUAGGAAUGAUAGUGAGUGUAGUGGGGAUGAAGUGCACUAAGGUGGGCGACAAUAACCCCGCCUCCAAGGGGCUCAUCGCUGUGUCUGGAGGAGCCCUCUUUCUACUCGCAGGUCUGUGUACGCUGGUGUCCGUGUCCUGGUACGCCACUCAGGUGUCCUAUCAUUUCUUCAACCCAAACACGCCGGUCAAUGCCAGGUAUGAGUUUGGGUCAGCCCUGUUCGUGGGAUGGGCGGCGGCCAGUUUGACGGUUUUGGGUGGAUCCUUCCUGUGCUGCUCCUGCUCCAAUGAGGAGAGGCGAGGGCAGCAGUACUACCGCCAAUCACAACCAUCCACAGCCAGGGAGGCAGAGUUGUUGAGUGAGACUAGUUUCCCUGACUGACCAACCCCUGCCUGUCCCCCAGGACUGUCCGAGUUCCACUCACUGUCUCCCCUUUCCCUGUUCGUUCCUAAAUUCAAAAUUUGGACCUUUGUCUCUCCACUGUAGUAUUUGUUGCCCUCCCUCCCUCCCUCCCUCCCUCCCUCCCUCCCUCCCUCCCUCCCUCCCUCCCUCCCUCCCUCCCUCCCUCCCUCCCUCCCUCCCUCCCUCCAUCCCUCCCUCCCUCCCUCCAUCCCUCCCUCCCUCCCUCCCUCCCUCCCUCCCUCCCUCCAACCCCAUACCCCAUUCCUAAAUGUCUGCUCCUUAUCAGUGUCUGAUAUUAAGGGUCGACACAAUGUCCGCCACCCCUUUAAGAGAUUGCUUCUUCCCUUCUCCCACUUCCUGAGCCUGUUUGUAAAUAUAGACUCUUAAAGGAGAAGUGUGGUUAGGUGGUUAGACCCCCCCCCUUUAUGACUAGAGGGGCAGUAUUUCACUGUAUUUCAACCUGUGAACCCUUUACUAGAAAGUCCAUGAUAUCCUUUUAUCUUUUAUUGACUGGACUUUAACUGAACAUGAGAGACUUGUCGUGUCAUUAUGUUAUGUUGAUUUCUGCUUCACUAAUAUCCUGUGAUUUCUGGGAUUGGUAGAAAUGUGCAUUUUGGUUUUGUUCUCUGAGUAUUCAAAUGUACAUUUACUGAAACAUGUUUUUUCUUUUAAAUUGCAGACCAAAUGUUAAACAUUCCCCACCAGAGAAAAAGGAGGAAUACUUAUAGUUUGGGCGACUCCUUUGGCCCCACGAUGUGUUAGAUUUUUGGCAACAGGCAAGACACUGUCUAACACAAACAGACAAGACACUCUCAAAGAAAAUAGAAGCAGACAAGACACUCUCAAUAGAAAACAUAAGCAGACAAGACACUUUCAAUAGAAAAGACACUUUCAGAAAGCAAACCAAAUAAAUCCAGAAUACACUGAAUACAUCUGCAGACCAACCCUAAUGGGUAGCUAGUACUGUAUCAUUCUAAAAGAUGCCCAUGUGUUAAAUGUUUGUCAAUGUAUUUUAGAAUCAGUUUUGUACACAAGCAAUAUUAAAUGGUAUUCUGCACAGGUGUUAUUUGUGCUCACACAUGACAAAUAACUGCCAUUAGGAUCAUUGAAAGCCAGUAAACCUGAAUCUAUGAUUCUUUCUGUCUGUAGUCUGUCUUUAGUUUCUGGGAGAGGAAGUCAUUCAGGGUGUGUUUAUAGAACAUAGAAUACAGAAGUGCCCAGAUGUUUAUACCACCACCUCCAGCCUUUCUACUACAUAUUCCCUACUGCAGUGCCUUAUAACAUGUGUGUUUGUGUGUAUGUUUUUGACUGUUAUACACAGAUCCCACAGUGUCACAUCCUAUAUGGACAUAUGGUAAAACAUAUCCGUGGACGUCUUUUUCUCUUGCAUGAAAUGUACCAUUCAGACAAACUGUUGCAUGUAGUUAUAUCUCUGAACAUGAAUAUGUACUGUACUGUAGCUAGUAUACCACUUAGAAAAAAACAGACAGACAGAUUCCUAAAUGUCCCUAUCUGAUGAGAGCGAUGGCACGCUUUGUAAAAGUUGUGAGACGGUUUGGAAGAAGUACAUGUACAGUAGCCCAGAUUGAGGAUAUUACUAUACAUGCAUUCGAUUUAGUUAAGUGCCAAUAUGAUUUAGUGUGGAUGGAAGAUGUGUUUUGUUAUUGACUACGGCAACUUAUUCUGUACUCCGGGUGCUGAAAGCACUGUCUCCUGUACAGGUA